AUGAUGGAAUUACAAUGGUUGAAGGAAGGGACAAUGGUGGCUGGUAGGAUUCCGGUGACAAGUGAAGAGGUUCCGGUGGUGGUUAUUUAUGCAGUAAUUCUCUCAAAUCAAGGAGACUGUUUCAAUGACAGAGAUUUUAAACAAAGAAGAUUAGGGUUUGUUUAUCUUCAAAGAAAGGGAAAGAGGAGGAUGUUAGAUUCCCAGACGGAGGUUCCUGGUGGUGAAGUCGGAGAAAGGGUGGGCGACGAUGAGCGGAUAAUGGUUCCGUUGAAGAUGAGGCACAUGUCCAAUGGUUUUGGUGAAGUCAGACUUGAACGUUAA